UGGAAGAUACCCUCCAUAUAUGUGCCCGGUGUAAACCAAAUCCUCUGAAAUUCUGUUUUCGACGUUUGGAAGACGAUUGACCUAUUGACUUUGUGGUUUUACCUAAUUGCAAGGAAAUGAAUGUUGCCUGAGUCCCAAACCUCUGAAUGUUUUAAUAGAGAGUGAAAACAAUGGCAGGUGAUCGAAAAGAACAGCGACGCAGUAGGAGUCGUGAGCGGACAGACAAAGUAGACAGAGGAAAGGACCGAGACCGUGAGAAGGAGAAGGAGAGGGAGAGGAAGGACAGAGACAUCAGAGAAAGAGAAAGGGACAAGCCUCGUAGAAGUAGGAGCAGGUCGAGAGACCGAGCUCGAGACAAGGAUGGAGCUCGCAAACGCUCUCGCAGCCGCAGCAGAGACAAAGACCGACCUCGGGACAUUAGGGACGGAAGGGAAAGGGACCGGGAUAGAGACAAAGAAAGGGACAAAAAUAGACCACGAGAUCCCAAACCAUCUCCGGCUAAGGAUGCUAAAAAUGAAGUCAAGAAAGAGGAAACUGAGAAGGAUCUCAAGAAAGAACCCGAGGAAGAAGAAGUGAAACCUGUCCGCAAAGAACCACUCUCUCUAGAAGAACUUCUUGCUAAGAAAAAAGCAGAGGAAGAAGCUCGCAAUCGUCCCAAAUUUUUGACUAAAGAAGAAAGGGCUGCUGAAGCUCUCCGCAAGCGGCAGGAAGAAGCAGAAGAGAUUCGCCGCAAGCAGGAGGAGGAGCGCAAAAAACGAUUGGAGUUCAGCCGUCUUCUUGAAGAAGGUGGUUCUCAAACUGCUGCAGCUAGUUCCUCUGGACCCCACAGGGGCCGGUAUGAUGGGGACCAGGACAAUGACUUCAGGCGACGAGACGGAGACAGAGACAGGUUUAAUGACCGACCAAGAUUUGGAGGAAGAGACCGGUUUGGAGACAGAGAUAGAGAUCGGUUUGGAGAUAGAGACAGGAAUAGAGACCGAGACAACAGAGACAGAGAUGGCCGCAGGGAUAGAGAUGGUGAAGAAGGAGCAACGCCCAAAGACCGAGAAAAAGAGCAGGAGGCCAUCAAAGAAAGAUACCUCGGCUUGAUGAAAAAGAAGAGGAGAGUCAGACGUUUGAAUGAUCGUAAAUUUGUUUUUGAUUGGGAUGCCUCAGAGGAUACCUCAGUUGAUUACAACAAUAUUUACAAAGAACGCCAUCAGGUUCAAUUCUUUGGAAGAGGAAAUGUUGCUGGCAUCGACAUCAAAGCCCAGAAAAGAGAUCAGUCCAAGUUUUAUGGUGAGCUUCUUGAAAAGAGAAGAACAGAGGCUGAAAAAGAACAAGAAAAGGUUCGCCUGAAAAAGGUCAAAAAGAGGGAAGAUAAACAGCGCUGGGAUGAUCGCCACUGGUCUGAUAAAGCAUGUGAUGAAAUGACUGAAAGAGAUUGGCGUAUAUUCAGAGAAGAUUAUAACAUAACAAUCAAGGGAGGCCGUAUUCCAGACCCUAUUCGCAGCUGGAAAGAAUCCUCCAUUCCAGCAGAAAUUCUAGAAAUCAUAGACAAAGUGGGUUACAAAGAUCCAACACCUAUCCAGCGUCAAGCUAUUACAAUUGGUUUGCAGAACAGGGAUAUUAUUGGUGUUGCUGAGACAGGUUCUGGUAAGACUUUGGCCUUCCUCAUCCCUUUGCUUAUGUGGAUCCAGUCUCUCCCUAAAAUUGAGAGGAUGGAAGAUGCUGAUCAGGGUCCUUAUGCUAUUAUUUUGGCACCCACCCGUGAAUUGGCCCAGCAAAUUGAAGAAGAAACUAUUAAGAUUGGUGGUCCACUUGGCAUUCGAACUGUCGUUGUUGUUGGUGGUCUGUCCAGGGAGGAGCAGGGAUUCCGUCUCCGUCUUGGUUGUGAGAUUGUCAUUGCUACCCCUGGUCGUUUAAUUGAUGUUUUGGAAAACAGAUAUUUAGUGUUGAGCCAAUGUACAUACAUAGUCCUUGAUGAAGCUGAUCGUAUGAUUGACAUGGGUUUUGAGCCUGAUGUUCAAAAAAUUCUUGAAUAUAUGCCUGUGACUAAUUUGAAGCCUGAUAACGAAGAUGCUGAGGAUGAGGUUAAGCUCCUGGCUAACUACAACUCAAAGAAAAAAUACCGUCAGACUGUGAUGUUUACAGCCACUAUGCCUCCUGCUGUUGAAAGAUUGGCAAGAACCUAUCUCAGGAGACCAGCAGUAGUAUACAUUGGUUCUAUUGGUAAACCUGUUGAACGUACAGAACAGAUUGUUUACAUUCUUAAUGAACAAGACAAGCGGCGUAAACUUAUGGAACUUCUUAGCCGUGGUGUUGAACCACCUGUCAUUAUAUUUGUCAACCAAAAGAAGGGAGCAGAUGUACUUGCUCGUGGUUUGGAGAAGCUUGGGUUCAAUGCUUGCACACUUCACGGAGGUAAAGGACAGGAGCAGAGAGAGUUUGCUUUGGCCAGUCUUAAGACUGGUACUAAGGAUAUCCUGGUUGCUACUGAUGUGGCUGGUCGUGGUAUUGAUAUCAAAGAUGUAUCAUUGGUCAUCAAUUACGAUAUGGCUAAAACAAUUGAAGACUACACUCAUCGUAUUGGUCGUACUGGCCGUGCUGGCAAAAAUGGUGUGGCUGUGUCAUUCUGUACCAAGGACGAUUCCUCACUGUUCUAUGAUCUCAAGCAGCUCAUAAUGUCUUCACCUGUAUCUACUUGUCCACCUGAAUUGAUGAAUCAUCCUGAUGCCCAACAUAAACCUGGAACUGCCAUGGUUGCCAAGAAGAGGAGAGAAGAGAAGAUCUAUGCAUAAUUAGGUGGUAGCUUUGUGUAAAGCUAUUAUUAUGGCUGUCUAGAAAAGUUUAAGUUUUAGCUAGUAUUACAUUCUUAUCAUUUGGAACAAUCCAAACCCUGGCAACAUGAACUAUUGUAAAAUAAACUAAUACAAUCAAAUAAAACUAAGGAAAUUUA